UGGAAGCGAGAAGAGCACAUUGCCCAGAAUCGUGUGCUGUGUGGUGGUGAAGGGACAAAAAAUCGAUUUUCAUCUCAGCCUGGCAAGACGGGAGAGCAAAAAGCGGCCAAAGGAAAGCUCCCUCUUGGACUAAAUUGUUUGUGUUGCAAGAUAGACGAAUUCACUACCUGUCGGAUUACAAAAGCGCACACACAAAACUUUUCACAUCUCGCAGUGCGGAUGCCUCGAGUCACUUUUUUCCUUUCACCCUGUGCUUUUGCCACUCAACGAGUGAGCUUUUGAAUUUUUAUCCUCGUCCCGUAAUUGCUUUCUCGGGGGCAAGGAAACAGUAUAUGGAGUGGUGUGAGUGAUUAAAAGUAAAGUGGAGAGAUAUUCAGUGAGGAAGAGCUAUUAGUUAUUUGUGAGUGAUUUUCGCACAGAGAGAAAGAGAAAAAAAGAGAAUCUCCGUCGUGGACCGCGCGAUGGAAUAGCAUUUUCCCCCCAGAACGCGGGCGGGUGAAAGUUUAUGGCGGAGAAAAUUCUCCCAGUGGAAUUUCCUUACAAGUGUCGAGGAGCUUGCGAAAGCUCAACAAUGGGCCAGUGAGAGUUGUGGCUGAAGAUGAGUGAAAAGUGGAGAAUUCUCUCGGAAAAUCAUACGUGGGUGUCCCACCGACGGCCCAUACAGUAGGGUUGAGAGACACUGGCCCCGAUCCCGUGGGAGCAGAGGCACUAGGAAAAGCUUUCGCGAGUGCACGAUGAAGCAGUGCAGGCCCAAGACAACCAUAUAGCAAGUAGCCAUCGUGCCGAAUUCUGCGCACCACGUCGCUGCCGUUGGAUUUUGGAAUUUGCACCUCACACUCCUGCCCCAGAGAGAGAGAAGAUCCCCACUGCUCUCCAUGUCCGCUGUCGAGGGCGCCCCAGCCAUGCCGUGCGCUCCGUGAAUCCCUGAUUGUUGCUCGUCGUUGGCGGCGGUGAGAGUGAUUAGGAAAUGUGCCACCGGGACCUGUGGUGAGUGUCGCGCGCGGUUGGCAGCGAGGGUGGCUCAUUGGAAUAAAUGUGAUAUCGCCAAGGCGAGGAUCCAUCAAUAUUGCGGAGAGGCCAAAAGUGUGUGCGGGAAGAAGUGUGGGAAAAAGUGGAAAGAUCUAUGUUCAUGUGAUAAAUCAACGAAUGUUAGAAACAUUCCUCGUCACGAAGAAAUGCCACACAAAGCGGAAAUGACGAUAGUUAUUCAAAUAUCUCUCCUCCUGAUGGUCAUUUGUAAUUUCCGUGGCGGAGGCUGCGUCAAGGACGUGCCCCAGUACUCCACGGAGGCCGUUGUGGGUGAGACCCUCCAUCUCCACUGCAACGUGAGCACAAAUCCAGACACGGAUGAUGAUGUGGUGCUGGUGCUGUGGUAUCGCCAGGACAAGGGAACACCCAUUUACAGUGUCGACAUUCGGGAUCAGAACUUCAAGGGUGCCAAGCGAUGGUCCGACGACGGUGUCUUCGGCAAUCGGGCCCACUUCAUGUUCGACAAAGACUUUGACCACUUCCUCGGGGAGCUCACGGUGCAGGACGCAAAGGAGUCCGACGCUGGACUGUAUCGGUGUCGGGUGGAUUUCAAAAUUGCCCAGACGAGAAACAGCAUGGUCAAUCUCACGAUAAUUGCCCCACCGGACAGAAUCGCCAUCAAGGACGAGGCGGACGUGGAGCGGGCGUCUGUGGUGGGUCCCUAUGCCGAGGGGGACUACGUGAAGCUCAAGUGUGAGGUGUUUGGAGGGCGGCCGCCGCCCAAGAUCAACUGGUACCGCGACGGGAAGCACAUGAUGAGUGACAUCCAGUCGUCGGCGUCGGGGAGGAACAAGAUGAGCAUCAUCACGUUUGGGCCCCUCGCGAGGCAGGACCUCAAUUCUGUGGUGUCAUGCCGGGCUAGCAAUCAUCCCAGAGCAGCCCACAAGGAGGUCACCGUGCAGAUUGACAUGAACUUUGCUCCACUCAACGUGAAGCUCUUGGGGACUCAUCAGCCACUGUCGGAGGGCCGGCGUUAUGACCUACUGUGCCAGAGCUCGGGAUCUCGUCCUCCAGCCGUCAUCACCUGGUGGCUCGACAGUAAGCGUCUCGAGCAAUCAACCGAGAUGACGAGCAGCAACGGAAACCAAACAACGAGCACCCUCUCGAUUGUCUUUAAUCGCAAUGACUCGAGCAAGUUUCUGUGCUGUCGCGCUUACAACCACGUCGUGUCGUCAAAGUCCCUGGAAGAUGGCUGGAAGUUGGACAUUCAAUAUAUUCCUGAGACGAAAAUCCGCCUUGGAACCUCACUCGACUCCAAUUCAAUCUACGAGGGUACGGAUUUAUACUUUGACUGCCUCAUUUCGGCCAAGCCAGCAGUUUAUCGUGUCGAGUGGCGCCACAAUGGCCGAACACUGCCUCACAAUCAGCAACAGGGAAUUAUCAUCAGCAAUCAGUCGCUGGUGCUGCAGGGCGUUUCGCGCUCCACGGCCGGAAACUACUCCUGUGUGGGCUUCAACGCUGAGGGUGAGGGUGUGAGUUCACCAUUCGAGUUGAAUGUUCUCUAUGCCCCGUCAUGUGCGCCAAAUCAGACAAGAAUCUACGGUGUGGCGAAGCAGGAAAAUGCCCAGAUAAAGUGCACGGUGGAGGCAAAUCCGCCCGAAGUGGAGUUCCGCUGGACCUUCAACAAUUCCGCUGAGAGUAUUGAUGUGGCCGGUGGACACGUGAGUCGCUUUGGGACGUCAUCGAGUGUCCUGUACACACCCAUGACGGAACUGGAUUAUGGCACUUUGAUGUGCCAAGCAACUAACAAGAUUGGACGUCAGAAGGUGCCGUGUGUCUUUCACAUAAUCGCCGCCGGGCGACCCGACCAAGUGCACAAUUGCACCAUCACGAACAUCUCUAUGAGCUCCUUCAGCGUCAAGUGCACGGAGGGCUUCAAUGGUGGCCUCACCCAGUCAUUCCUCAUCGAGAUCAAAGAGGCGCAGACGGAGGAAGUCACUGCCAAUUUCACCUCACCCAUUCCGCGCUUCGCUGUCUCCAGCCUCUUCCCCGGCCACGUGUACAGCGUCAAUGUGUGGGCCUUCAACGUCAAGGGGCGCUCCAACUCCGUCUCCCUGCAGGUGGCCAUGCUGCGUCUGCCGGAGAAGCAACUCACAGCGGCGAACGAGCGUCCAAAGUCCUUGAUAACCUUCACUCCCAUGAUUUCCAUAAUAAUUGGGAUCGUGGCGGCCGUUCUCAUUGGUGGGCUCACGGUGCUGCUGGCGGUGAGAAUCUCCUGCAGACGCACUUGUUGCAGCGUGGCGAAGGACAAUGGCCACAAGGACAUGAACCAGCGCCGCAAUCACACCGUCUGCGAGAGUUCGCCAAGUGGCAGUGAACGGAGUGGCGAAAGCAAAGAGUUUGACGGCAACGAAAGUGACGAGAAGAACCCUGACGUAAUUCCAGACACGCUGGAAUCACUCGAUCAGAAGAAAUUCAUGCAACGAAGACUACCCAUCUCGACAAUCGAAAAUGCAAAUUCCUGCCGACGUCCACCAAAUACAGCCGGACUCGCUGGACAGAGUCAGGCGAACAGCACAAAUGGUCUGGCACCGUGCCAGCCACCGAAUCAGCAGCAACCCAUGGCCUAUUGCACCCUCCGCAAAGACACCAACUCCAGGCUCAACUUCCAGACUUCUGUCUCCAUUAAUUCCGUCAUCAACACCUACAACUCCAACAAAACCUUCACCCUGCCACGGCACCCGCCGAAUCAGCCGCGACAGUGGGCGCCCCACGAUGCCUCUGGAGCGCCUUCGCCGCAACCGCCACCUCUUUGCUACAGUAUCCCACCAACUCUGCCCAGCGGCCAGGCGAAGCUCAUGGUGGCCGCGUCUCCAAUCGCCAUGCAAACGCUCAGGACGAACGUGUAUCCGCCAACGCUGCCGCUCUCGCUGGCGCCGGACAGUGUCGGCGAUGCCGUGGAUAUCCUCAAGAAGGAGAGCAAGGUAUGACAGUAGGGGCCAUGAGCUCAGCCACGCGAGCAGACCGCCCAGACACACCUGUAAAUAAUCAUGUAAAACUUCUUCCCACGACGGGUCGCGCGACUUCCUCGAUAUUUUCUCGAUUCUUUUUCUUUCAUUGGACAAUGUUUCCAUGUUUGUUCCACGUACUGAAAACAUAGACCAUUACUCUCGAGAAGUGGAAGACAAGUUACUACCAAUUUCUAUGGAAUAAAGUGAUUUUUUCUCACAUGAAUUCAAAAAAAAAAGUGGAGACAUAAGUAAAUUGUAUAGUGAAAGAGGUGGAGGGGAAUCUAUGAGGAUAUAGAGAGAUAAAUUUUUCAAUUUAGCAAAAUUCAACGGUGAAACAGUCUCCGGUGAAAGUAUAAUCAUCUAAUUAAAUUAAAAAUGAAUUUUAAUAUGAAAUCAUCUUUAUAUACCUACACUUUGAAAGGGUGUGAAGUGACAGAUGAGGGAGGAAAUAAAUGGAAAAACAAUUCAUUGCGACGAAUGCAGAAUGAGAUUAAAGUGUGAGAGAAUAGUUGGGAAAGAAAACACUUUUUAGCUAAUGAGUCUUUUUAAUACUGUAUAGAAUACACGGGGGUGGUUUUUAAUUGAAAAUGAGGGAAUAAGGUAGCGGCAAUGAGAAACACCCCUAGAUUAUAGUGAAAUAGUGACGGUGCAAUAAAAGCUCAACGGAAGACGAUCUAAUAAUUGCGAGACGGAAAUUAUUAAGGGUUUGAAGGGAGCAGGAGACACAGGCCAGAGUUAUUGCAUAAGAGAUAAGUACCAUUAAAGACAUUUUCUGCAUUGCAGUUAAAUGUAAAUAAAUAUUACGCGCGAGUGAGUUGGGGAAUAAAUUUUAGAGAGAGAGAGGAAGAAUGGCGUAUACAAUGACGCGCUGAAAAGGCUCAAUAUUUGAGUUUUUACGGAGGAACACAUACCGAAAGAGGACAAAGGGCAAACCCAUUCCGAAAUAGAUUAAAUUAAUUAUUUUUUAUUGUGAUAAAAGUAAUACUUUGACAUUGUUAGUUAAGAAUGAUAUUAUCUGCAAAAGGAAUUUGCUCAUUUUAGACCCUCCUUUUUCUCUUUGAUAUAUACAAAUUUCUUGUUCAAAAGUUUAUAUAGGAAGAAGAAGAAGAAAAAACAGAGAUGAAUUGUUUUUAUUACAUGUUUUCUGGCAUGGAUCAAAAUUAAAAGAAAAAAAAAUAGAUCCCAUUUAGUGGGAAAUUAUUUAUCCAAAAUUAUAGGUGAAAAUCGAAAUAGUCACAAAUCCCUCAAUUAACCGACUGAUUAUGUGCAAUAUGUAAAUUGUGGUAAAAGUAAGGUGUAAUAUUGAAUUGUUUAAGCGGGACAAUUUAGAUUUAUCUAAAGCCAUUAGUGACUGAUAGGACAAUUACCUCUUUGUUGCAAUUAAAAAGGACCCAUUUGCAUCUCAAAAACGUGCCAAUUUUCACAAUCAAACCAUUUGUACACUUGGAAUUAUUCGGCAUACUUUCAUUGCUUCUCUCUCUCCCUCUCAGAAGAGGACAUGACAGUGAGUUUGUUAUUCAGCAACUGUGGAGCAUCUGUUGUGAUUUUGGUAGCUUUCACGAAAAUAUUGAUUAACCAUCGUAUGCUUCACAGCCAUAUUGGGUCUUGUUUCGUGCGAAUUCUCGGUCACUGCAUCAUGAUAUCACUGUUAAAGUGUGUUGUGUUCACAUUUCAAAAGAUUACAUUUGAUUGUUUUCCAAGCUUUGCGUGAUUUCCCAACUUUCUAAUGUAUUUUGGAUUUUGUUGGGUGCUGAAGAGUUUACACCCUAAAAGUGGCCUGAUUAAGAGCGCAGCCAAGUGAAUUUGGUGAAGAGGUUUUUCAUACAAUUAACCCAAUUAACCUUUUAAAUUUAAAGUGAAAAUUCAACAGUGUGAUGUUUGAAUGAAAACUCACACAAUGCUCUCUUAUAUUUGCUUAAGGAAAUCCACAAUUUUCGGCUGAUUUUCACUAAGUUUUAAACAAUGGAUGUCUUGAUCAAUGAAUUUAGCUUCAGGCAAAAAUGUGUUUCACGCUUGAAUUGAUGUUAAAUCAUUUGAAAGGGAUGUGUCUAUCGAUCUUCUGAGAUGAAGGAUAAAAAGAAGCGACACAUGAGAAUUCGACAUCAUGUGCUGAAAUUGCAACAAUUGGAAAAUAAUCACGAUUUCCAUUUUCACUCUCUCAGACUGAGAUUUUUAGAAUUAUGGAGUGGAAAUUUGGUAUCCGAAAGAAAGGAGGGAGAGAGAUAUCUCAUUAAAAUUGUAUGGAAUGCGAUGAAAAGCCAUUCCUUCGCUUAUUAGAGUCCUCCACAUUCUUAUACUUUUUAAUUUGCACCGAGAUGGUGUAUUUCUGGGUGAGGAAGGAAAGUUUUCUAAUCGACUUUGAUGGUGACGUUCCAGUGAGUGUAAAUGGGAGCAGUGCAGAAAGGUAAUAAUUUUCCAUUAAUUUUACACUGUUUUCCUUCACCAAAUGUGUUUCUACAUCGCGACCAAGAGCAUUCCUUUCGUGUUGAAGAAAUGAGAGAGGAUGUUUUUAUUUCAUUUGUGAUGUAAUUGCAAAAUGUAGAGGAGGAAAUAUUUAGCGAAAGAAGAAGAAGAAGAGAAUUUCGCAUGAUAAAAGGUGGAAAAAAUACUUCCAAUUCAGGGAGUAUCGAGAUGAUUGCCAAUAUUAGGUAGUGUGAAAGGAUGUUGCGAAAAAAAUCUAACUCAAUUCAUUUUUAAUUGCUCAUUGAAAGUGUAUAAAAAAAAAUAUUUCCAUUGUGAAAUAGUGAGGUAAAUUUCCAUACAUUGUAUUUAAGAAGUCGAAGACAAUUCUCUGAGAAUAAAGAGCUGAAAAAGAUGAAUUCAAGAGAAAUGAGGUAAAAAAUGACUAAUUUGUUAAGUACAUGAAUAAUGGUAUAAAAGAAAAGAAGUAUAUAUAUAGAAAGUGGAAAAAUAAAUAAUAAUAUCUUAGAGGUGACUAUAAGAAGUAAAAAAAGAGACAUUUUUACUGAUGGUGAGAUUAUGAUGAAGAAGUUUUCAAAAAAAAAAUCACAAAAAACGGCGAGGAAGUAAAAUUGAUAAACACUGCAAAACUACAAAGAUGGAAUAAACUGUUAAG